GAGGGGGAAGAGGAGGGACGGGGGGAGAGAUUUGCUCCCUGCCUCAGCAUUCUGACAAUGCCUUGAAAUAUCUUACUUUUCAUCAGUUUAUUUCUGGGCUGAGAAUCACACACACAGACACACUCAGCAGCAGCAGCAAUGGGCAAAGCUCUGAGGUCUGACAAUUAGACAGCUCUCAGCAUAGACAGCCCUCAUCACCCGCACACCCUCCUACAUCCCGAUCUCUGCAGGGGCUCUGAUUCCUGCCUGGGGCUGUGUGUGAUUCCAUCCUGACGGGUCCAUGGAGAAAGUCCAAGAGGAAAAUGAGACGGAGCGGUGGGAGAGACCGGAGGAGAUAACGGAGGGCGAAAGGACUAUCAUCAAGGAGACCUGGGCACGCGUGUAUGCAAACUGUGAGGAUGUUGGGGUCUCUGUGCUGAUAAGGUUCUUUGUCAACUACCCCUCUGCCAAGCAAUACUUCACCCAGUUUAAAGACCUGGAAGACCCCCUGGAGAUGGAGCGCAGUUCUCAGCUGCGCAAGCAUGGUCUGAGGGUGAUGGGGGCUAUCAACAGUGUAAUUGAAAACCUUGGGGAUCCAGAAAAGGUGACCACUGUCCUUGCAAUUGUGGGCAAAAGCCAUGCAGUAAGACACAAGGUGGACCCUGUAUUCUUUAAGAUCCUGACUGGGGUGAUUCUGGAGGUCAUCGCAGAAGAGUUUGCCAAAGAGUUCACCCCUGACGUACAGCUAGCUUGGAGCAAAUUACGGAUCCACAUAUACAGCCACAUACAGGAAACGUACAAGGAGGUGGGCUGGUCACAGUACCCCAGUAAUUCAGUGUGAGCCCAUCCAUUUACCAGAGAGGGCCCAGCCAAGGACUUCAGCUCCUGGCUGUCUCAGAUCUCUGGGGCAGCUGGGGAUUUAUGGGUGGUGGGAAGCAUAGGGGUGGGUAACUGGGUGGCAUGGGGUAAUAACAACAGGGUCACUACAACCAGGGUGGGAUGGGGUUUUUAAUACAGCAGUAACAUAAGGUGCAUUUGACCUAGCUGCAAACUCUUUAAAAUACAGUUUAUAUAACGAAGAAAUGCAAAGCAACGGGUUGGAGCUCUGUGAUAGGGAGUAGAGACAUAUCAUACAGAGGAUCUAAUGUUUCACAGUCCUGCUGCCCUGUACAUCAUUACGGUAAUAUUUACCAGUGGAAAUAUCUAGCAUUGUAAGCCAGGCUAUUUUGAGAUUGUCCUUGCCCUGUUCUUCUCUGUCCCAUAGUUUCCACAUGUUCCAUGUUCUAUUAGGCAUGAGAAACAGAUGGUUGUUGAUAGAUUCUUAUACACAGACGGACCCCUAUAAGUGAAGGGGUUAACAUUACUUCAUGACUCAGAUAUAACCCCACCCUAAAUCCCACAGUUUUGCUUGGCAUGCACUUGUAUAUGGCGAUCACUCUUCAUUUUCCAUCAUUUCAAGCUUGGCUGGUUCUCAUCUUACGAAUUGGCUCCACGAGACCUCUAUAUAAAGGGUUCAAUAUUAUAUGGCUGCCAUUUUGUUUUAUGGUCAUCAAAGAACUUCUAUGGGACCAAAUGUCAAAUGAAUUUGAGGAUUGUAUGGGAUAAGCUUUUGCGUUAUAAAUAAACAGUUUAAAGUUAACAUUACAGUAUAUCAAUUAGAAAACUGUACCCCCUGCGUCAGAGACUAGAACAGCUGGAAAGCCACAACAUAUAGGAGGCAGAAUGUUCUGGAAGGUGGUGUUGGAAUUACAUUGUGGAAUAGAGAUAUAUACACACCAGGCCUGUGUAAUAUUGUGUCAAAAUGUGUCUGUCCAUAUAAUGUUCUGUUUUACUGUGAUAUAGAAAUAAAAACAUACUAUUGGAUCUGUAA